AUGUCUGGCUUGCCCCCAUGUCGCCGCUGCGUUGAACAGCAGCUCGAAUGCGUACUUGCAAAGUCGAGGCGUGGAGGCCGCAGGAUCAAAGGUGUUCGUAACUCUGCCGUUCAGCCGCAGCCGCCGCCCAGGCGCGACAGCGAUCUUGGCCGGUCAUCAAACCCUCGUGGCCCUGCCAGCUCUACGCAUGACGAUGACGAGAGUGAUUAUCACAGCACUCAAGGGAGUCAAGCUCGUCCUGCACAACGGCCGGCCGGCACCGAUGCUGUGCAAGGAUGGCCGUCCUCUCCACCUCAUACCGGCAACUGGCGAGCAGACAGCCCCGAUGCCGGAUCCGCACAGGAAAUGGCAGAUUCGAGGACAAGUUCAGAUGGAUUAGAAGGCCAUAUAGCCACUACAGACCUUUUGAAUCCCUCUGAUGCUCUUGAUCUGCUUGCCCAAGUUGCCGACUUGGAUCCGGGCAGGCAGCGUAUCACGUCGACUGGCCAACCUGGCCAGAGCAACAGACAUGUCGACGGAAUGCAACAGACUGUCGGUAGAUCAGCUACCAGCUAUUACCCUCCUCUUCAUGAUGGUAUUCUGACGCCUUCGGACGCGUCAUAUCUUGUAAAGAAGUACCAUGAGAAGUUCCAUCCCUUCUUCCCUGUGGCAUUCGCCAACAUAUUUGAAGAAGGACCCAUUUCCGAAUGGGCAGAGAAGGAGCCUCAUCUCUUGACAGCUAUCCUCACUGUGGCAUCUAAAGAUGAUCCUUCCUGGUUCAGAGUGUACGACGCAUGCUCCCGACACAUUGAAAGCUUCAUGUCGACCCUGAUCUAUGCAGGAUCAAACUCAGUAGGGUCAGUAGAGGCAUUGCUCAUCCUUGCUGAAUGGGCACCACAACGCCCACAGGAAAAUUCUGCCAUCGGCUGUGGACAAGAAGACCACGGUGCUUGGAUGCUGGUUGGCCUGGCCAUUAGGCUGGGUUACUUGCAGAGACUUGAACAGACGGCUCUACUACCGGAUGAUCAAAAGCCUUCCCUGGAAGUCAGCAGAAAGCGUGUGGCUUGGGCAGCUUGCUACAUGAGCGACCGACAAGUCUCCAUUCGACUCGGCAAAGGCUUUUGGUCACGCGGUCCAGGCCCCUCUCUACAUCUCCGAGCCGCAGACUUCCCAACUCUGUAUGCCCAAGCGCUUGGCCCGGAUAAUAUGGGACUAUUAUUCCAAGCACACCUUGAACUUACACAGCUGAUUAGCAAUGCUCACGACAUUCUCUACUCAUCCACCAGUCAUAGGAAGCAGCUGUAUGUAGGCGGAGAAUAUGUCAGAUAUAUCGAUGACUUUGCUCAAAUGGUCCGGAAAUGGAAGCUCACGUGGGCAAAUCACAGCUUCACACCGCCCGUAAAGGCGUCGUUGGUCUUGUCAUUUGAAUUCUUGCGCCUUUACAUCAACGCAUUUGCCUUCCAAGCCAAUUUGAACCGAGCAGCAGCCCGAAACGCUCAGGUCGGGCCAGGAAAGGCUAGCGGACCGCUGUUUUCCAAUGUCGCUGGAAAACCAGACGCACGUUUCAUAUACGAGUCGAUUGACGCGGCAAACUCGCUGCUCAGUAUUCUGAACAGCUUCAUAGACCCUGUGGCAGGGCUGAAAUGCAUGCCUCUCAAGUAUUGCCUCUACGCCAGGUUAGCAGGGGCUAUAAGUAGCGAGGGCGACCGUGGAGUGCGACGUGCAAUCCACGGCACCAUUACACAGUUACAGAAAACAUCCAACAAUCCUCAGAGCCUCGGCAGAAGAUAUGCCACGUCACUGCGACUGCUCUGGAGGAAGUCGACUGCAAAGCCGUCUACCAAGGGUGCUACCCGCAGUGACCCGGUAAGCGAGGCACCAGACCUGGCAAUGAGCCAAUUGGAAGGGCAAGAGAAUAUUGUGCCAUCGGCGACGAGCAAAUCCGCCAUGGACAUGGAUCCGUUGAGCGGGUUCUCGUGGAGGGACUUGGACUCGCUGGGACAGUUUAUAGCGAGCAACACGACAAUGAAUAUGACUGAUGGGAUACUUGCGGGUACAGACUUUGAUUGGGAGCACAGCUCGGGAGGACUUGAUGAUCUUGCGAUGCGACCACAGUUUGACACGAUGUGGGCGGGGCAUGACAUUAUUUUCUAA